AUGUCUACCUCUUUGUCUUCAGCUGCCAAGUCAGUCUUGCCGGAGGCCGUCCAGCACUCAGUGAGCCUCUCAGACUCCAACAAGCCACAGCAGAAUAACGAAGAUGCCAAGUCCUCGUCUGAUGUGCAAGACAAAUCGAGAAGUACUGCCUUCGAUAAGGGACAGCACGAUACUUUUAACAAUUCUACAACUUUUGAUCUCACUUCUGGCUCUGAUGUGUUUCUCGACUUGGAGAACUCUGGCAACAAUACGUCGUCGCUUCCAGCCAAGGACACAAACACGCAAGUCAAGACAUCCACAUCAAGCGCACAAACGUACUUGCCCAAAUUUGGUCGAGAAUUCGAUCCAGCGUUGUUGCAGAGUGAGGUCACCGAGUAUGCCAGUGCAGGUGGUCGUGGUGCCGACUAUACUGUCGAGUGA